AUGAAUGUCAGUGACAUCUCUGGAACAGCAGAUGAAUACUGCUUCCAGCUAACAUGCUUACAAAAGUCAGUCACUUCCACACUAGGAUAUACUAAUAGGAAAUGCGCUAUUUGGGUGCCGGAAGAAACUUUCCAACUGUCUGAAAAAGCUACCGAAGCUAGAAUGUCAGGAGAUCAGAUCCUGAUUAUCUGGUGCUUCGAAGAAUUACAAUGA